AUGCAGGGUAUGCAGGGCAUGCCCGUCACCAUCCUGAACGCGAACACAAAGCGGGAACAGGGCCGCAAGGCUCAGCAGGGCAACAUCGCUGCGGCCAAGGCAGUAGCGGACAUUAUCCGCACGACCCUUGGCCCGAGGUCCAUGCUGAAGAUGCUGCUGGACCCCAACGGGAGCAUCGUCCUCACCAAUGAUGGCCACGCCAUCCUCCGCGAGAUAGAUGUGACGCACCCCGCAGCUAAGAGCAUGAUUCAGCUGAGCCGCACCCAGGACGAGGAGGUUGGUGACGGCACCACCAGCGUCAUCAUUCUGGCGGGAGAGCUGCUGCAGGCCGCGGAGCCGCUGCUGGAGCGCAACCUGCACCCUACAGUAAUCGUGCGCGGCUACACGCGCGCGCUGGAGGACGCCCUGGCGGGGGGCGAUGCUCAACGUGGUGCAGAGCUGCAUCGGCACUAA